GCAGUGUAACGCUGAAAAGUGUGCAACACUAGAAUAAGAAGUAGUAGAAGAAGAAGAAGAAGAAGGAGUAAUGCCUGCAUGCUUGCAUUUGCUCAGGUGUGUAGUGUCUGUGGACAGUCUCGGGGUCUGGCAGAAACAGAGCAAAUACUUCUCUACAGCUGAGAGGGGAUCUUACUAACAGUUCAGGGUGAUUAUUUGGCUCUUAUUACCCAUGUAGCCUUUAUAGGCUGGACCAAUAUUUACCUUUUCUUGUGAUCAACACACAGUCUCCAGCCAUGGAGAAGCAACUGGAGGAGCUGAAGCAGCAACUGGAAAAGCAAUGUGUGAUCAACCAGGAGCUGGAGAGACAAAACGAAGACCUGAAACUACGACUACAGGAGAAAGAAACACUCUUACAAGACCUGCAGAGUCACUAUCAUGAUCUGGAGUUUCCUUCCCAGAGCGGUAAUGAGAUUGAUCCAGAGGUCAGGAAGAGCCGUGCGGCUGUCAUUGCCUCCGAACCAAUCCCUGAGACCCUGGAGAUUACACGCACCAGGGUGAAGAAAACUGUCAGUGAGACAAACCUGAUCGUCAAAUCCAUCCAGAAGAACGACUUCCUGAGCCGGCUGGAUGAAGAGCAAACAGCCAUGAUGGUGGACCUCUUAGUGGUGCUUAACUUCAAACCAGGGGAAGACGUCAUUGAAGAGGGCUCUGAAGGAGACAGCAUGUACAUAGUCGCAGAUGGAGAACUCCAUGUCACGCAAGCCGGACGGGACUUACGUAAUCUAACCACGGGGGAUGUGUUUGGAGAGUUAGCCAUCCUGUACAACUGCAAACGGACAGCCACCGUUAAAGCAAAGACAACAGUACGUCUAUGGUGCAUGGAGCGACAGACCUACAGGACAAUCAUAACCAACAAGUCCAAGAAGAAACGGGAGCAGCUCAUGGGCUUCCUGAAGACGUCUCGUACUUUGAAGGACCUCAAUGAUGUCCAGCUGUCCAAAAUCAUUGACUCAAUGGAGGAGGUCAAGUACCAGGACAAAGAUGUCAUAGUCCGAGAGGGAGCAGAGGGAGACACUUUCUACAUCAUCCUCAAAGGAGAGGUCUUGGUGACUAAGAACGUGAACGGGCAUCAGAAGCAGAUUCGACGGAUGGGAAAAGGGGAGCAUUUCGGGGAACAGGCCCUUAUACGGGAAGUCCUGAGAACUGCCACCUGUACCGCUGACGGCCCUGUUACCUGCUUCUCCAUCGACAAGGAGGUGUUUGAGGAGACGAUCCCCGUAGAGCACCUGGAGCUGUUUGACGACACCAAAGUUCUGCAGGAGGCAAAAGCUACAGAGAAGCCGAGUCCUGUCUCUUCUCUGAAGUUUAAGGAUCUUGUUCCGGUGUUGUACCAGGAGGGUCGAUAUCAUGGUGACCCUGUCACGCUUGGGGUCGGAGGGUUUGGCCGUGUUGAGCUGAUGACCACCGUGAAUCAUGGGACAUAUUACGCCAUGAAGCGAGUCAGCAAGAAGCACAUUGUUGCCAAACGACAGGAGGAGCACAUGCUGUUUGAGAAGAAGAUCCUCAAAGCCAUCCAGUCUGACUUCAUCGUCAGGCUUCAUGGAGCUUUCAAAGACACACGAUACAUCUACAUGGUCAUGGAGUUCUGUGUUGGAGGAGAGAUCUGGACCAAACUCAAAGAAGUAGGGCGCUUUCAGGAGCCUGUUGCUAUGUUCUGCACUGGCUGUGUGGUGGAGGCCUACGCCUACCUCCAUAAGAAGAACAUUAUGUACAGAGACCUGAAGCCUGAGAACCUAAUGCUGGACGCAAAGGGCUACGUCAAACUGGUCGACUUUGGUUUUGCAAGGGAGCUUGUGCGUGGAGAGAAGACCUACUCAUUUGUUGGCACUCCUGAAUACAUGGCCCCAGAGAUCAUCAAGAACCAGGGUCACGACUUCGCAGUGGACUUUUGGUCCCUCGGCAUCCUGAUCUUUGAGCUACUGGUGGGAAGCCCUCCUUUCUCAAGUUCAGAACCUCAGAAGAUUUACGCCAAGAUUUUGGAUGGAGUGAUCAAGUAUCCACCUUUCUUGAGUGAGGCUGCCAAGUCUAUCAUCAACAAACUGUCCAGACCUCGGCCCGGUCAAAGGUUAGGCAACACCAAGAAUGGAAUCAAAGAUGUCCGACAUCACAGGUGGUUCAGCAACAUGAACUGGCACAAGCUGCGGAUGGGUCAGCUCGACGCUCCCACUGUCCGACUCAUACGCAAGGGCCCCUGCUACAUCAACUUUGACCGUUUCCCUUUGGAUCAGACUAAAGCGGAGGAGGAGUUCUCCGGUUGGGACCGUGAAUUCUGAUAUUAGUGUUGUAAAAAGAUCGCAAGAGUCCCUCUCAUCGACCUGAGACCUAUGAAGCCAAACAGUGUAACCUCACUUUAAGCCAAAAAAAAAACAUGGCUGCCGCAGAAUGGUAGUAAAAAGUAAUUAGUCAUAGUCCAUUUCAAACUAUUUUGUAUGUUAAAUUAAAGUGGAACUAUGGGGAAUCAACAUUUCCUAAUUAUUUGUGAUCGCCGUAUGGUUGCUGUACAGUGACGCUGUACCAUGAAGGGUGACAGUAUGAGGAGGUGAUGAGACAAGAUGUUUAAACAUUCUGUUUGCAAAUUCAGCGCAGGGAGGUUUGGCGCCUGAUGAAAAUGUGUUAACAUCAUACAGAUGACACUGUAUGAUUUAAAUCAAACACCAAUCUCAGUGCCCAGUAGCUGAGAAAAAAAUGCUUGAGUCAUCUUGUACAAUCUGUGCAGAAGGCCAACUCAUAUAAAGCCUGACAAUAAAAUGGAUUCUAGUGUGUCCUGUAUUUCAAUGUUUAUUCAGGAUGUCUGUUUUAGAUAAAGAGCAUGCUUACCUGCUAAUAUUGUUUAAGUUUUUUUUUCCAUGACUAACUCACUUUCUUAUGAAGAUUCUUUGUAUUUGGAUAAUCUGCUUCCUUUUAGAGCAGAGCAUUUGAGCACCUUGAUUGUAUCUUUAAAAAAUGAUCGCCCACCCUGAUACAUUUAUUUUGACACAACUGAAGUUUAGUGAAUAAAACUGCUCUUUUAAACUCA